AAGUUCGGCGCAGAACGCAGCGUAGUGGCGUGACAUCUCCCGUACGAUUCGCUCGUCGUCCGCCUGUUCGUCGUCGGUCGAAGCGCGAUUUGUACAAGCAAGUGGACACGUAAAAUGGCGAAUUACAGUUGUUAUUUACUCACGCAAGUUGCAAGGAAGUAAAGGCAAAAAACGGACAGAUCGCGAUACACGGCCGUCACUUGCACGAAUGUUAGUGCGUGUUCACGCCACAGACGCAGGCGAUCGUUGUGUCGUGCAAAUACUAGUGCAUCCUUCUACAGACAUGGUAUUGAUGGAUUGGUCUAACUCACUGUAUUAGGGGCAAUCUUGAUCAUCAUUGAUUAAGAAAAGAUCACCUUUGUAAACGAUUAAGUCUUGAAUAAUAUGGCACAAUAUUAUAAUCUUGUGACCAACUCCAGUGGUACAUUCUGCACUAUAGAUGGGCAACGGGUUCAGUUAAUUGUUGAAGAAGUUAAUAACGGUGGUAAUGGUUCACAACAGAUUGUGACUUAUACAGCUGCAUCUCAAAACAGCGAGCACACAAUAUUUUCGCCGCAAACUAUUAAUUUGGGAAAUCAAAUGUCUGCAACACGAUUGGAACAAGGACAAAACGUUUAUAUAAUCAAAACGAACAGCAUAACUGGAACCCAGGAAAUAUUGAAAUCUAAUACCGUGAAUCCACGUAUAAUUAGUGAAAAUAUUCCGAGCGUUGUCGACAAUACAGGCACUAAAGCAGAAAGUAAAACUGAAGGACAAGAAAUACAACGGAGAAAAAUGCAAGAUGCUAGUACUACUAUUACGUCAACAAAACAAAAUAACUUACAAGAAAAGAAUCAGACUGCCAUUGUAACUAAAAGUACAGUGCAAAACAACAUCGCAUCAAUAUCGCCCGUAUGUAUAAAUUCUGGUUCAUUUAAAUCUGGAUUAGUUGAUAACAGUAAAGUAUUGAGAGUCCUACAGAAUAAAAGCCGACAAUUGACAAAUAGUGGUCAAACGGCCGUAGUAUCUCAGACUUCAGAUGGAGUAAAUGUGAAGUCGACUACCAUGGAAAAUCGACUUCAAAAUUCGAACGUUGUGAGUUCCAAAUCCGUGUCAUCCGUCUGUGGCAAAGUGGUCAAUCAAAUGGGACAGAGUAUACCUAUUAGAUCGAUUCGUGCUUCUAAUCCGAAUACAUCACAUGUACGGCCUGUAGCCAUGGUUAUACCUGAGAUGUCUAAGACACCAUUGAGGGCACCGCAGAGUCCGGAACUGUUACAUUUGAGUGAACAGAUCAAGCAGACCAAAAUGAAGCAUAUGCUUCAAAAGCAAAAGCAGUUGCAGAGCGAGCAGCAGAAAUUGCAGCAAAAUAACGUACAACGACAGCUCCCUAAUACUUUGCAGCAUCCUAUUCAAAUCUCGCUGAAAAAUCCCGCGCGUGGCUCAAUAACCCCAAAUAUUGCUGCUCAGCCAAAAGCGCAGCAAGUCUUACCCAAUUCGCAAGGGCAGCAACAGAUGCAAAAGCCAUCCAUGGCAACGUCUGUUUCUCCGACUGUACAUAAUACGCACAGUGCUACUCCUAUGGAUAUUGAUACCUCAGAAUGUAUACAGGAUAAAGGACACCAAAUGGCAGAGCCCUCUUCACCGAAUAACGAUAAUAGCCGAGCGACCGAGAGUAUCGCUUAUCUCCAAAAAACUAUCAAGGAUCCAGCGAAUACUAUAGUUCAGCAUCAAAUUAAGGGCAAUAUUGCGAAAAUGUUAGUGAUAGCUACUGGAGAGCAAAGAUUGAUCACGUUCGACAUACCGAAUGAAGACUGUACCGUGCACGAUUUAUUGGAUCAGGUGAAAAUUACAUUUUCUGACGAGACAUCUGUCUCUUUAGUGCUUGAUCCAGCAUUGGAUAUAAACUAUAUUGUUGACGCUGGUUAUGGGUCAUGUGAUCCCGCACCUCAUGAUGUCAGUGAUUGUAGUUCUACUCCAGAGGUUGUAAGCUCUACUACAGAUAAUGAAAAUGCAUCUCAAAACACCAAUGCCUCGGACGAGAACAGUAAUCCCUCGAUAGCACCUAAUGAGAUAUUCUACAAGAAAAAUAAUGAGCGAAAUGCUAUGAAAGUGGACAGAAUAGAGCGAGACGGUUCCACGUGCAAGCGCCCCAGAGGAAAGGGUAAAGGUGUAGCUUUAAAACCAAAGCCUAUUAAUAAAGAGCCAGAAUGUUUGACAAUAUCAUCCGAUGAAGAAGAAGAGGGUAAGACUAGAAAGAUUGGUAUCAAUAGCAAUGCAGUACUUGGUAAUGCAUGCAACACCUUCGACGAUGAUGUGGACACCAUCUUAGAAAAAGAACCUAUCAUUACGAACACUUCCGUUUUUAAUCCAUCAUCACGUUGCGAUGAUGAAAUGAGUAGUGAAGAAAAUAGAUUAUGCGAUCACAAUCAUGGAAUCUAUGGAGAUAACAGGCCAAUACCGCCCACAGCUCUACAGUGUCGAACUGUCAGAAUAGGAUCCUAUAAAUAUAUUCCACGGGAGAAGAUAGUAAUUUCUCAGAGCGGCGUAAGAUUUGGAGUACCUUUGUUAGAAGACGGCCAAAAUUUUGUUACUUUGGAUGUGAAAUAUAGUGAGAUAGUUAAGGUGCUGAUUCAUUUCGGGAAGACAAUGCCGGUAUUAUUUUUUUAUACGUCUACAAGUAUGGGAGCCAUGAUACGUGAAUUGCUGGGAAUGCAAGAUCCGAAAGGUCCUUAUUACGAUCCUGCUGGAAGAGAUCACACUCAUAAGCGUAUAACGUUAUUACCGGAUGAGUUAACGAACGACUCGAAAAUCAAGUUGAAAAGUAUAUUCUUACCUAGAGGAAAGAUGGAGGAGUUGAGUCCUAAAGAAGCAAAUGAUAUUCUUCUGCGAGCAUCGCCUAUGGAUAACCAACAGGUCACUAGUAUUGUACGACGACAGAGCCAAGGCUCACUGUUGAAUAUUACCAAUGACAAUGGUAGCAUACAAACGAUAACUGUGUAUCCACCCCCACCUGCAAAAGGUGGUAUAGCCAUCAACACGGAAGAUUACUUGUGCCUCGCGGAGGAUCAGUUUUUAAAUGAUGUGAUUAUAGACUUUUACUUAAAAUAUUUGACUUUAGAGGUAUUGUCGGAAUCUGAUCAGCAUAGGACUCAUGUGUUCAGUUCGUACUUUUAUAAACGUUUAACCAGCCCACACGCCCAAGCUGCCGAAAAUCCUGCGCAGAUGACACCCGCCGCAAAGCGACACGCAAGAGUACAGAAAUGGACUAAGAAUGUUAAUAUAUUUGAGAAGGAUUUCAUUAUAAUUCCUAUCAACGAGCAUGCACAUUGGUUCUUGGCUAUUAUCUGCUUUCCCGGACUAGUCGGAAAAGUCGCCCCGAAUAGCGAGAACGACACUCGCAAAACUAAUACGCAAAAGACUAAAAAGAUGAAAGAAGUGAAAACGAAAGCUGUUACGAUCGGCUGUACAACAAUAACCCCCGUACCUGCGACUAUCACGAUAGACCAACCGGACGACGGUUCGGAAAGAGAUGAAGCUGAGGGCGACGACGAUGAAAUGGAGAUAGACAGCGACGAAGAGGACGAGACUGAACAACCCGAGCAAAACAUACAAAUUAAAAUAAAGCCCGGUAUUGUGAAGCUAGAGGAGACAGUUAAAGUUCCCUGUAUAUUGAUAUUCGAUUCACUAGCUGGUGCCAGUAGAGCACGAGUGGUUGCCACACUAAGGGAUUAUUUAAGUUGCGAACACUUGGCCAAACUUGGAGUAGAACAGAUCUUUUCGAAAGAUACUAUUAAGGGCGCCUGCCCAAAAGUACCCCAACAAUCGAAUUUCACUGAUUGCGGUUUGUACGUACUACAAUACGUGGAAAGUUUCUUCCAGAAUCCGAUUCAAAAUUAUACCUUGCCAAUUAAGGCGUUGAAAAUGUGGUUCGAGGAAAUAGUCGUGACGAGGAAGAGGGAAGAACUGUCGGAUCUACUUAUUAAGUUGGUGAAUGCCACCAAAGGAGACAGAACCAUUAAUCUGCCCAGUGUGAAUUUUCCCACGCAAGACGGCAAACUGAAGCCGAAGAGUGAAAAUCAGAUAGACGUGAAGGUUGCGAAAUCGGAGCUUGAGAAUAAGAGAAAGCCUACGACUGAUGCUGACUCACGUAUUAGCAUGUCGGUAGUGGCAGAGAGUACUGAAUCGAGUAAUGAAGUAGUUAAUAGAACUUUCCAGAUCAUUCCUUAUUCUCAGUGUAUAAGUUCUAAUUCGACUGACAGUAAUCCAACAGAACUCUUGACCGAGCCGAAGACUACGAGAUCAUCGAGUGAAACGAUGUCCUACCUUAAAUCUAAACGAAUUCCCAGGCUAAUGUUGAGAACGCAGACUCCGGACGAUUCUCAAGCUGCUAAGAAGCACAAAGGAGAACCUUUUAAUUCCUGUAAAUAAAUGUUAUUUUCCUUUUUUACAGUGAUAAGAUUAAUGUUAAUCCGCAUAGACCAUGAAAAUUCAUUUACCAUGUAAUAGGAAAUGUAGUUAAUACUUCAUAAAGUGAAUAAAACUACAGACUACUUGA